AUGCGCUUCCAGCUAGCCCUAAGCACUUGCCGGGUCAGGGGGUUGCGUGUAUGCGUUGUCGUUGUUCAUGUGGUGGGUGCUGGGCUUGCGUUCCUUAGUGCGGGGUUACUUUCCCAUUCCCCCCAGCCUUCACCGGAAAACGUCAAACUGUCAAGAUGUUACGCUCAGCAUGUGUGUGUGCGACCGUGUGUGUGUAUGUGA